AAAACAAAAAUAUUCAAAAAAAUAAUAAUAAAAAGAAAAACAAAAUCUAUAAUCUAAAAUCAAAAAAUGAAAAAUUAUUAAUCCACAGCAAUUUAUCCUACCGGUUUACCUUCUAGAAGUAUUGAACUAGACGACUUAUUUAUUGAUUACAACACUUUACAUCACCCUAGAGGAAAAAACAUAUUCGACCGUUGCAAAUCAAUGUCCACAUUCCUCGAUAAAAUGAGAAAAACAAAUUUAUAUUUAUACAGUAGAAGAACUCUAUCUCCUCCAGGUGCUGAGUGCUACGGAAUGGACGAGUUCGGUGAGGCUUUUUAUGGUUUAAAUUUCGCAAGUGCAGAUUACUUAGGGUUAAGUUAAAGUGAGAGCUCUAAAUAGGCAGCAAUAGAAGCUGCAUAAGAUUAUGGAGUAAACUCUUGUGGAUCUCCUUUAGCUUUUGGAGGGCAUAAAUAUUAUUAUUAGCUUAUAGAAGAACUUAGAGAAUUUUGGGGAGUAAGAAAUGUUAUGAUUUUAUCAACUGGAUGGAUGGCAGGAUUUGGAGCAAUAAAGGGAUUAAUUAAAGCACAUGAUCAUAUUGUAAUGGAUUCGUUAAGCCAUAAUUGCCUAUUAGAAGGAGCUAAAGCAUCUACUAAGAAUAUCUAUAAAGUUAAACAUUUAUGUAAUGAAAGCUUCGAGAAUAAAAUAAAAGAAUUAAGAGCUUAAUAUCCUGAAGAUGGAAUUUUUGUUAUUACAGAAGGACUAUUUUCAAUGAAUGCAGAUAUUCCUGAUUUAGUAGGCUUAUAGAAAAUAUGUAAAAAAUAUGAUGCUUUCCUCAUGAUUGAUUGUGCUCAUGAUUUCGGAUGCUUAGGACCUACAGGAAAAGGAUCAUGGGAAGCAUAAGGACUUACUGAUCUAUCAAAUGUUUUACUAAUGGCUGGUGGAUCAAAAUGUUUAUCAACUAAUUUAGGAUUUAUUGGUUGUAGUGAUAAACAUGUAAUUGAAUUUUUAAAAACUCAUUGUACUGUUUUUAUGUUUACUAAUGCUGUAAAUCCAAUUUAAUGUAAUACAGCUUUGGCUUAAUUGAGAAUUUUAAAAAGUGAAUAUGGAAAUCAAAUUAGAUAAAAAUGUAAAGAUAAUUAUAAUUAUGUUAAAAAAAAACUUAACGAUUUAGGAUAUUAAAUUUUAGGAUAACCUUCUCCUAUUCUUAUAGUUUAUAUUGGAAAUGAAAUUGUAUGUAGAUUAGUUUCUAGAUUAAUGAUGGAUAAUGAAGUUCAUGUUAACGGGAUAGAAUAUCCUGUUGUGGCUAUGAAUGAAGCUAGACUUAGAUUGAAUUUAUAACCUUAACAUGGCGAAGAAAAUAUGGAUAUUUUUGUAGAUAUUUUUGAUAAAGUUUUUAAAUAAGCUGUAAAGAUUUUCGAUGAAGCUAUGGAAGUUUAUUAAAAAAAAUAAGAAAAAAGAUUAGAAAAAGAAGAAACUAAGAGUGAUAACUAAGAAUAAAAAUUUGAAAAUAUUAAAAAUCAAGCUAAACUUUGAAAUAAAUAAAUAAUUUUACUUUUUUUUUAUAUGAUUUUGUUAAAAGUUGUAUUUAUAUAUUUUUUUUGUUAUGUUUUAAGAAUAACAUAGUAAAAUAAAUAUAUUAUAUAUAAUUUUUUUUAAUAU